CAGUUGGAAUAGUCUCAUUCUUGACCCACUGAGAAAAAAAAGUUACAAGCAGUGGGAAUCUUUUAGCAUACGGUUUUUGACAAGUAUUCUCACACUGGCGAAAGAAAUUUGCCACCAGGCAGUAGCUACUCAUUCCCAUUCUGUGUGAUGGCAGAGUGGCUUUGUGAGCCCCAUAAUGGAUUGAACUAGCAGAAGCUGGCAGUUAAUGACUUCAUUCAUUCAGAGUACUUUACUCUCCCUGAGAAAACACUAUGAUGGACUCAAAUUAACAUGCCACUUAAUAACAUUACUUCAUCUGUUUUAGGCUUUCAAAACCUCCUUCUCUCAUCACUGCUUUUAUGUACAACUGUGUAGCACAGCCCCCUUUCUCUUUUUUUCAGAUGAAGAGAAUAGCCGCCAUGUGGUGGUAAACUGUGCAGAGGCUCUACUGAAAAACAACACAUACUGGCCUUUAGUUAGCGAUUUUAUUAAUAUUCUCUCACACCAAAGUGUAGCAAAGAAGUUCUUGGAGGACCACUCCUUGCUUAUGCUGUGGAUGAGCUUUGUGUCCUUCUUCCAAAGUAUGAACUUGAACAAGAGGGAGCUGAAUGAACAUGUGGAGUUUGAGUCCCAGACUUACUAUGCAGCUUUUGCAGCAGAGCUGGAGGCCUGUGCCCAGCCCAUGUGGGGGCUCAUAACCCACUGCAAAGUCAAAGAAACACAGGAGUACACAAAAACGGUAGUGUGGUAUUGUCUGGAGGCCUUGCAACUGUGGUUUGAUUCAAUUGGCUUUGUGGAUGAGCCAACUCCCAAUCAAGUGGCAUUUCAUCUGUGUGGUGUGGGGAUGGCUGGUUUAAGCAGCCACACCUGCCCUGGGUCAAGCUAAUUAGACCUGGCUAGUUAGAUAAUUGGUUAUGAAUUGGAUAAUUGGCCAGGCUAAUUGGGCCCAGGAACAGGGGUGGCUGCACCUGUGCGUAGUGAGGUAAUCAGUGCGCACAGGUUA